AUGUCCAACCCCGUGUCAUCCGAGCUGGCGCUGGACUGCGGGGCGACUACUACGGCGGGCGGCGGAGACGGCGUGACCUCGUCCGUCGAGACGGCGAUGAACGAGCAUCCGAAGGCUGAGUGCCACAUUGACGGAGACGACAAGCCGUGGUUCAAGUUUGCGAAUGGAGAGUGGGGCCAUGCUUUGUCCGAGGCGUGGCUUCAUUCGCCCGCGGGUUGGCUUGGCGCGUGCGUCUUGGGCGCCGACGACGUGCCAGUCUUGACGGGGGUCGAUUGGUUGAACGAUCGCGAGGUGAGCCUCAGGAGCAAUUCCCUGCAGCUCUACGACAAAG